AUGAAUCAAAAUACUGUCAAAGAACGAACCGUGCUCGUUUUGACCAUUAUGUCAUUCAUAUCCAUAACAAUACAAGCUAUAGGUACAUAUAAUCAUAAUACCUCGUCUAUUGACUUUUGCCAACACGUCAAGACAAGAUUUAUGGGAAUGCUAUUGACAGAAAUAUUUAUAAUAUAUUUCUCCUGGCAGGUUAUUUUGACGAGCAAUAGCAUAUACUCUGUGAAACUGACAUUCUGCCAUCUCUAUUUGCUCGUAAGCAUCAUGAACAAGUAUAUCUGUUCCAGAAUGUCUAUCAAAGCGGAUGUAGUUCUCUUUAUAGUGCGUGUUUUUUACAUCAAAUCUAAUUAUACAGUUUUGAGGAGCACAAACGUUUGUUACAGGUGCACUCAUUAUGCUGUGGAAGAAAACAUGUACAAUAUUUUGAGGAUACGCGCUUAUAUCUGCAAUAUCAAUAGCUUGUAUGUACUCUUUUCGGUUAUAACUGCCAUUUAUAGUUUUAUAAGAGAACUUUAUUCCUUCUUUUCCAUAUUUUUGCUUCUUUUACUUCUUAAUAAUGGUUUGUCACGGUUUGACAAGGAUGAAUCAAUCGCUAUAAGAACUUCUUUUUUAGUAUUUUAUCUUUUCAAUGUAUUUUAUAACCUAUUUCUUCUGAAAUACCUGUUCAAAUUCAAAGAGUAA